AUGCGGGAGAUUGAAAGAUUCACCAUAGAGGUUAUAGAGUAUACAACCAAGGAGAAGUGUAAUGUCCCGAACUUCGCUGCUCUUCAAGUGGUUCUCAAGGAGAAGAUCACUCAAGAGAGAUUUCUUCUGGUAUUGGACGAUGUGUGGAACGAGGAAAGGCACAAAUGGGAGAGCCUUUGUGCACCAUUGAGGUUUGGAAAACCUGGUAGCAAGAUAUUAGUAACAACUCGCUCUAGGAGUAUUGCUGGCAUGGUUGGUGAUGUGGAUCCGAUUCAUCUGGAUCGUAUGGAUGAGAAGAGCUUCUGGGAAUUUUUCAAGAAAUGUGCAUUCGGUUCUUCAAAUAGUGGCAUUCAUCAUCCUCAUUUAGAAGCCAUGGCGAAGAAGAUGACUUACAAGUUAAAGGGAUUGCCGGUUGCAGCAAAGACUCUUGGAGGGUUGAUCAGCAUGCCGUUGGAUGAGCAUCACUGGAAAGGCGUUUCAGAUAGUGAAAUAUGGACCAACUUUCCCAAGAAGAAAUGGGAUUAG